CUGGCGUUAGCGGCUGACCCGGCUGGCAGUUCCUUCCUCGGAAGGAGAGAUUCCUCUGCCAUGGAGUCCUACGAUGUGAUCGCCAACCAGCCUGUUGUGAUCGACAACGGAUCCGGUGUGAUUAAAGCUGGUUUUGCUGGUGAUCAAAUCCCCAAAUACUGCUUUCCAAACUAUGUGGGAAGACCCAAGCAUGUUCGUGUCAUGGCAGGAGCCCUAGAAGGUGAUAUCUUCAUUGGCCCCAAAGCUGAGGAGCACCGAGGGCUGCUGUCAAUCCGCUACCCCAUGGAACAUGGCAUUGUCAAGGACUGGAAUGACAUGGAGCGCAUCUGGCAAUAUGUUUAUUCUAAGGACCAGCUGCAGACUUUCUCAGAGGAGCAUCCUGUGCUCCUGACAGAGGCACCUUUAAACCCACGGAAAAACCGAGAACGAGCUGCUGAAGUUUUCUUCGAGACCUUCAAUGUGCCAGCUCUUUUCAUCUCCAUGCAAGCUGUGCUUAGCCUUUAUGCCACGGGCAGGACUACAGGGGUUGUGCUGGAUUCUGGGGAUGGUGUCACCCAUGCUGUGCCCAUUUAUGAGGGCUUCGCCAUGCCUCACUCAAUCAUGCGCAUCGACAUCGCUGGACGAGAUGUCUCUCGCUUCCUUCGCCUCUACCUGCGUAAGGAGGGCUAUGAUUUCCACUCAUCCUCCGAGUUUGAGAUUGUCAAAGCCAUAAAAGAAAGAGCCUGCUACCUGUCCAUAAACCCCCAGAAGGAUGAGACGCUAGAGACGGAGAAGGCUCAGUACUACCUGCCAGACGGCAGCACCAUUGAGAUUGGUCCUUCCCGAUUCCGGGCUCCUGAACUGCUGUUUAGACCGGACUUGAUUGGUGAGGAGAGCGAGGGCAUCCAUGAGGUCCUGGUAUUUGCCAUUCAGAAGUCUGACAUGGACCUGCGGCGCACACUUUUCUCCAACAUUGUCCUCUCUGGAGGCUCCACACUGUUUAAAGGUUUUGGUGACAGGCUACUGAGUGAAGUAAAGAAACUGGCUCCAAAAGACGUGAAGAUCAGGAUAUCUGCCCCUCAGGAGAGACUGUACUCUACAUGGAUUGGGGGAUCUAUCCUUGCCUCCCUGGACACCUUUAAGAAGAUGUGGGUCUCUAAGAAGGAAUAUGAGGAAGAUGGUGCCCGAUCCAUCCACAGGAAAACCUUCUAAUGUUGAGACAUCAUCUUCACCUCUCUCUGAAGUUAACUCCACUUUAAAACUCGCUUUCUUGAGUCGGAGUGUUUGCGAGGAACUGCCUGUGUGUGUGAGUGUGUGUGGGUACGAGUGUGUGCGCGUAUGCCAGGGCCGUGUGGCCCAGGGAUCCCUGGGCCCGGAAAGAACGAUGAACUACCCACGAUGGUGAUGGCCUGAGGCCUGGGGUUGACCACUAACUGGCCCCUGACAGGGAAGAGUGCUGGCAGAGGCCCCACUUCCUUUCUCAGCUGGGCCUUUGCUUGGCUGUGUGGGACCCUGGUUGCCACCAGAGGGAGAUCUUGCUGCUGCCCUGCCUAGGCUGGGCUGGCCCCACCCUACCACCACCUCCAGGGUGCCCUGAGGUCCAAAGCAGCUGCUGCCUUCCCUAGCUCCUCAUUCUGCUAUCGGUGCCUCUUGAUCAUGGACUGAGGACUGGGACUGGGGCUAAGUCCUUCUCGUUUUGUUGCGGUUUGGGUUUGGGAGGCUGAGAAGCUCUCCAUUAUGGUUAUAGAGACUAGGGUAAGGAGAGAGCAGGGAGCCCUCAUGUCCACCUAUACACCAGGACAACACUGGACACUUGAAGAGACCAGCUCUGAUUGGCUGCAGAGUUAAUGCUUCAAGCUCCAGUUCCAUCCAGAGGGUCUUGGGAGAGUUUAAGGAGCCUAUUGGCUCUGGUCCUAUUACUCGCUUCUUAUCCAUCCUUGUUUCAAUGCCAUCUUAACAAUUUUAUUUAUUGAAGUAUAUGUUCAAUAAGGGGACUGGAGAGGGGGGCUCACUGCUUCCUGCCUACUAGUCACCCUGCUCACACUAAUGUUUACAGCACCUAGGUUUAGUGUAGCAUCCAGGGCCUCGCCACUCCCUACUGAUGGUGAACUGACAGUAUCCAUAGGCCUCAGGACCCUUUGGGAUUGAAGGCUACACUCCCCCGACCAGCCCUUUUUUUUUUUUCCCCUCCCUCCUGCACUUGCUCACCACCCUGAAACCAACGGUCUGGUUGCUGGUUGGAUUUUCUGAAAUAGGAGAUAGAAUCACUCUUCAGCAGAGGCCCCUUGCAAGGGAGGGGCAUUGGGACACAGUCCCCCUGAGACUGGGGAAAGCUACAGUUAUCCAAGUUGCCUUUUGCACUCUAGCUGAGCAGGGGGACUAGGUUGAAGGGCAGGAAUGCCCCCUCUGGGUUGAUCAUGUGCUGUUCUCAUCUUUGGACCUAUUUGGGAAGGGAAGGAAGGAAAGGGCCAGACCAGAGUGCCAGGAGGGCUCAGGCCUGGCCCUUAGUAGUGGCCCAAAGACCUUCAACCCAGAUGGUACAAAGCUGGAGGAGCCUGUCUUCACUGGGACCCUCACCUGUGACACCAAGUCCCAACCUAGUCCUAGAUUCCAGGCAGUAUUCUUCCCUACGCCAUCCUAUGACCAAAGGCCCCUGCCAGAUGUGGGCCAAAGCAGGUGUGUGAAACCGAUGUGGCAACCCACGGACUGCAGUGUGCUUAACCAGCUCACCCCCCUUCUCUUAGCCCAAGCCCAUCCCUCGCACAGCCUCGCACAAACCACAUUGCCUGGUGGGGCCCAGUGUACUUAAAUAAAGUCGUUCCAAUACACAUGUCAA